AUGAUCAUGACACCUACUUAUUUGAUAGUGUUAUUUCUUCACUAUCCUAUCUUUCUUUUGGCUGAUCAAGUUAUCGAAGAAACUUAUCCAUAUUAUUCAUUCCAAUUAGCAGAAAAUCCAUUUUCAUCCAUUUAUAAUAAUGAAAUGGAAAGUAAUCCAAAAUAUUGGUUGUUCACUAAUCAAGAGUUAACUACACCAGAUGAAUAUUUCACUACUGCUACUACUACCACACCUAAAUGGUUUACACGUAAAGAAGUUGGCAUAAACAGUGAUAUUGAAAAUAAUGAAGAUAAUAUUAUUCUACCAAGAAAUAAAGAAGAUAAAAUUAAUUCACUUAGAAAUGUUCUACUACGUCAAAGUUUAACAGAUUCAUCAGUUUAUCAACAGAAUGAUGAUCGUUUAUAUAGUGGGAAUCAAUUGCAAGAAACAAACACUGUCUUAGCUGAACGAGUUCGACUGUUGACAAUGAAAGAACAACUGGCUAAAGAAGCAGCUAACACAAGUACACGCUUUUUCGCACGUGAAAAACAAUCUCCCUAUAAUAAAACAUCUGAUUGA